CGGUACCACACAGCUCUGUCUCUCAUUCCACCACGGUCAAGCUUGCCUGAGGAAGGUUUCUGGUGAACAGCUCGGAAGGAAAGCCUAUCAUUUCGGAAGCCCAUAAUUUAUUUUCAUUCAUUUAAUUGAAAUAGUCAACCUAUUACGAAUACAUCUGAGUGGAUAUUGAUCGAUUAUAUUUGACCUGCGUUUGUGUUUUAAAAAAACGAAAUAGCUCUAGCUAAGUGGCCGUGCUAACAAAGAAAAGCCUUUCUCUUGAGAAAUAAUCCCCCACGAUUCUCUUUAGUUAUGAGUCAUGUGGUCGUCGAUAAUCAACACGGUCUAGAUCAGCAGCUCGCUGGACUAGACUUGAACUCUGUUGACGGACAGGGCGGAGGAACCGGCAGACGUUACAUUCCACCUCACCUGAGAAACAGAGAGGCUUCUUCCAAAAAUGGCUUCGGUGGAGACGGCGGCGGCGGCGGUGGUGGAGGCGGAGGCUGGGCCGCGCCUGUCAGGGAUGCUAGGGAUUCUUCCUACAACAGCUUCGGCGGUCGCUCUGACCGGGGCAAGUCUGCCUACUUCAACGACCGCGGAUCAGGCGGAACACGCGGAAGGUAUGAGCGCGGGGGUUUUAACAGUGGAGGGAACAACCGCUGGGGAGAGGACUCGAGAGAGGAGGAGGAUUGGUCCAAGCCCACCGCCGCCAAUGAGCGCCUGGAACAUGAGCUGUUCUCUGGGGGCAACACCGGGAUCAACUUUGAGAAAUACGACGACAUUCCCGUGGACGCUACCGGGAACAACUGUCCGCCCCAUAUUGACAGCUUCCACGAUGUCGAGAUGGGAGAAAUCAUUAUGUGCAACAUUAACUUGAGUCGCUACACCAGGCCUACUCCGGUUCAGAAGUAUGCCAUCCCAAUCAUCAAGACCAAGAGAGAUCUGAUGGCUUGUGCCCAGACUGGCUCUGGAAAGACCGCGGCCUUCCUGCUGCCAGUGCUUAGUCAGAUCUUCAUGGAAGGACCCGGAGAGGCCCUCCAGGCCGCAAAGAGCAGCGGCGAGAAUGGCAAAUAUAACCGCCGCAAGCAGUACCCGAUCGCUCUGGUCCUGGCUCCCACCAGGGAGCUGGCUCUGCAGAUCUACGAAGAGGCCCGCAAGGUCGCCUACCGCUCAAAGGUGCGCCCCUGUGUGGUGUACGGCGGCGCCGACAUCGGCCAGCAGAUCAGAGAGCUGGAGAGAGGCUGCCACCUUCUGGUGGCCACCCCUGGCCGUCUCGUGGACAUGAUGGAGAGAGGCAAGAUCGGCAUGGAUUACUGCAACUACCUGGUUCUGGAUGAGGCUGAUCGCAUGUUGGACAUGGGUUUCGAGCCCCAGAUCAGACGUAUCGUGGAGCAGGACACGAUGCCCGCUAAGGGCAGCCGGCAGACGAUGAUGUUCAGCGCCACUUUCCCCAAGGAGAUCCAGAUCCUCGCCAGGGACUUCCUGGAGGACUACAUUUUCCUAGCAGUCGGGCGCGUCGGCUCAACUUCAGAAAACAUCACCCAAAAGGUGGUCUGGGUGGAGGACAACGACAAGAGGUCCUUCCUCCUCGAUCUCCUCAACGCAACAGUCAUGCCCACUGAUGAAAAUGUGCCAGAAGCCCCAGAGAAACCUGGCAAGGAAUCCCUGACCCUGGUGUUCGUGGAGACCAAGAAGGGCGCCGACGCCCUGGAGGACUUCCUGUACCGCGAGGGCUACGCCUGCACCAGUAUCCACGGCGACCGCUCCCAGAGGGACCGAGAGGAGGCCCUGAACCAGUUCCGCUCCGGACGCUGUCCCAUCCUCGUGGCUACUGCUGUGGCGGCCCGAGGUCUGGACAUCUCCAACGUGAAGCACGUCAUCAACUUUGACCUGCCCAGCGACAUCGAGGAGUACGUUCACCGUAUCGGCCGUACGGGACGUGUGGGCAACCUCGGUCUGGCCACGUCGUUCUUUAACGACAAAAACAGCAACAUAACCAAAGACUUGCUGGACAUCCUGGUGGAGGCCAAGCAGGAGGUUCCCUCCUGGCUGGACAGCCUGGCGUACGAGUACCAGCACAAGGGCCCAACCCGCGGACGCGCCAAGAGCGGUCGAUUUGGAGCGGCCAAAGAUUACCGUCAGUCACCUGGUGGUGGUCCCAGUGCCUUCGGCGGUGGUGGCGGCGGCAGCCGGGGCGGUGGUAGCCGUGGCGGCGGCGGCGGCUACGGCGGGGGAGGCCGUGGCUUCGGCGGCGGCGGAGGCGGCUUCGGCGGGAACUUCCACGGCAACGACAACUACGGCGGGAGCUACAGCAACUCCGGCAGCUCUGUGGACUGGUGGGGCAACUAGGCACUGCAGGAGCAGGUUGCCAUGCCAACCCAGGCCCCACGGAAACCACAUGUAAACUUUAGCCAGACCAUAACAACCCCUUUCCCACCACCCCACUCCCCCCUCUGUGUAGCUCCAUGACACACAGUACAUUACCGAUUCUCUGCCUCGCACCCCGUUUUGCUUCCCGCCCAAGCGGAAGUGUGGCGGUGUGAUGUAACCACCAGCGUCGGCGGCCCCCCCCCCCCCCCCCCCCCCCCCCCCAAGGAGCUCGCAGAGAUCCGCACACCUCAGAGAACGAGCAUGGACGCUGACAUGCCAAGUCCGACAGCAACCUCGGACUCAUUGUAAAGAGUAUUUUUUUUUUCUUUUUUUUGAUGGAAAAACCAAUAACCUGAGGAUCAUUUGUAUGUUGAUGUACUGUGCCUUUUUGAAUCUUAAAAGGAAAUCUUAUGUUAUCAUUUCACCAAAAGAACUUGGCCUAGAGCUCUAAAUUUGUUAUUACUGUUUUGUUAUUUGGUGAAAAAGCAAAACAAGCUUGGACUUAAUCAAACCUUGGCAAAUACUGGGGCGUUAUGGCUCGCCCGAGUCAUGAUUCCAUUUGAUCUUCAAAUUAAUUGCAGGGACAUCAUGUAGCCUUUUCUACACAUGGCUAAUGGCGCCAUCGCAAUAGGUUGAUUCUCCACUGGGACAUUCCCAGCGCGAGGAACAAAACUGAUUCCAAUAUUAAGAGACAAAGAGUUGGAUUCCUUAUCUUUUUGCGCUCACUCUAUCCUGGACAAGCUCCAUUUUAAAAGGACAUGGUAGUCUUUGAAAUAGCCAUUCCUAUUGUGAUCUUAAUUAACACGGUCAUCAAGCUUGGUGCCAACGCUCACUGAGACUAAAACUAGGAUCUUCAAUGCUGGAAGUUACUACUCCACAUUUCUCAAUUGACUUGACAGUGUUACGGCAGCUAGUCUGCCAACCAAGUGCUAGCUACAUAAAAUGGGCGGUGUUUUUUGUUGGUUUUUACUCGAGACAUUUCGGUGCGGGGGGAACGUGCGCGGUUAACAAAACAAAAACCUAAGUCCGUUUUCUUUGAUUUCUCUGGAAUGUUUCUCUUAACGUGUAUCGAAACAAAAAAUGCCUGCCCUCCAGAAGGCCACGGGUCAACACGGCCGCAUAAGGACCACGGCAUCGGGGAAGGGGCGUAACACACGACGUUGGCGCUGGGAGAUCGGAGGGCCAACGGCAGGGGCCCGGGCGUUAUUCUACGCAUGCGAGUGUUUUGUUUUUUGGUCAAGAAGGAAAGGGAUGUGAACGGAGUCGCAGGCUUAACUUAAUUACAAAGGUUUUCUCUUUUUCAAGCUGCGUUGGAGGCAUGGUUCAUCUUAAAAGCAAACAGGCAUUAGAGUGGUCACAGAGGGUUACACCGCAGUCCGGUGGCAGGACGCAGAGAGGGGGGCACGGCCACGUUUAGGGGGCUGGGGGGGGUGGGGGGCGGGGUGUGGGUUCAGGUGGGGGUUAAGGCGCAGUUUCUUGGGCACCACCAUUGUUGUCAGUGGCUUUGGUUUCCAUUGCUGCAUUCACAAACCGUGGCAGGCAGGCGGGCCAGAGAUAUAUAUAUUUUUCUUGGAAUAGGGUGUCCACUUCCUUAUGGGGACGUAGUACUGUCAACUCCUCUGGGGGUUCAUCUGCUCAGAAGUGUGUAACAAAGCCCUGGCGCCUGUGAGGCUGGACCAGGCGUUUCCUCUUAGAGAGGAGCGGCCAAUGAGAGGAGAGAUGGGAGUAUUUCACCUUUUUAGUGCUAUGUGUUGCCUCUCAGGUGUGUUGUGCCUUGAAACAUUUUUUUUUUUAAGAAAUUGAACUAAAAGCGGAUGCACUGACGGUGAUGACUUUAGGGUUGAAUGGUGCUACUUGAUUUAGGUGUGCAGGCCCUUUGUACGUAUGUGCCCAUCGAGUUUUACAAAAGUUAUUUUAUUGCACAUCUAGAGUUUUAUAUAGAUGUCUUGGAUAUAUGUCCUUAAGCUUCCAAAUGUUUGUGUGUGAGUGAGGGGGUGGCGAGAAAACGCAGCUUGUUUACAAAGGGGAGGGGUUCUCAACCUUAAACCAGGAUUUAUUUGGGACCAGGGGAUUUAGCAGUUGGGGAAUUUAGCCAUUUGCACACAGAUUUCUAGAUUCUACUUUUGCUGCUAGUUUUGUGUAAUUUAUUAAGCAUUUUUGACAAAUAUUUAUUUUUGUAAGCCUCAAAGUGAUUCUUUGAAAGUUUCAGAAACUUGACCAAAAGACAGUACAAAACACUGGCACUUGAAUGUUGAAUGUCACCUGUAUGCGUGAAAUUUAUAUAUUUCGGGUAGUGUGAGCUUUUUAAUGUUUAAGACGCAUUGGACUCCGUAAUUAAUAUCCACAGCUGUUUCAAGGCCUUCUCAGGGCCAUACAUCUCAAUUAGAUUCCCAAUUGGCCAUCAAAUUGGAAUGGAAUUGACAAAAUGCCAAGGUUUGGAAUAAAGUUGUGUAAAGAGCAAAUCAAUUUCCUAAGCGUAUCGGUGCAGAAGUGUUCAGAUUCUCCAAUUGUGUGCAUUGUUUGUUUCUUAACUCUUAAUUUGACCUGAUGACUAUAUCUAUUUUUUUCUCCAGUGAAUGUCUGGCACAUGGCAAUCUGUAAAGAAACAAACAUGUGGUUUAUUCUCCUGUUGCAUUUGCAUUAUGUGGUAGCUCUCGUGUUUUCCCCGAGCGAGUGCGGAGCAGGUCGCCACGGCAGCGGUGGUCUCCAUGGCGCCCGCUGCUCCCAACCUGCUCCCUUCUCCGGGGGGAGAAACCGAGGGCUCUUUAGAUGUAGCCGUUGCUUUUCUGUACUAGCCUAGGAGCUAAUGCACUGCAUGAGGAACACUCAGCUGUGCGAUUAAUGUAUGAUUUUACCAAAUUAAAGUUUGAAUGCAAAAGUA